GCGCGUAAAUGGUAAAUGGUAGAUUGGCGAGCUUCACUCGACCGCAGCGAAAGGAACGUGUCGCCGGCAGAAUCUCACCGCCGGCCACUCUCUUCUUCCGCUUUCCCCCCCGGAGUUUUGUGAAAAAAAGUAAACGAAAUCCGUCGAGACGAACCGCCGACAGUCGACCGCAUCUACCACCUCCGCUGCACGAUGGUGUCCAAGAAAUCCCUCGCCAGACCUCCUCCGGGAGCCGUUUCGGAUGAGAAACCGGCCAACAAAAUCCGACGUCAGCUGCUGCACGUCAAGAGAAAGCGUGCCAAGGACUCAGCUCGCCGGGCAGAACGUUAUGCAUUCAAGAAAGAGGAGGCUAAGAACCCGAAGCUCAAGGAUGAGCGUCUCAAGCGCAAUAUUCCCUUGACUCUGGAGCGGAAGCGAGUGUGGGACGAAGCCGACAGCGACGCCGAGGAUGGACUGGGCCUGAGUGUCGACGUCGAACGCAUCAAGAGACAGAAGCAGGAGGAGGAGGACGAACUCAAUCGGCCUCUGGAUCCUUCCGAACAGCAGUCGGAGGGGUCGCAAGACGAUAGCGACGAUGUCGACAGCAUGCUGGCCAGCAGCGACGAUGAGAAGGACGACGGCGACGACGACGAAGACGACGACGACCACCCGCGCGGGCGGUCGAAAUCCUCCAUUCCCUCGGCCACUGCACGUGCGACGAGUCCGACUCAGUCGUCCAAGAGUACCAACCUGAACCUCGCCCCCGAGGCGCUGGCGGCCAAGUUCCCUUCGCUCUUCUCCACGGAAACCCCGAAAACGCCCAAGAUCCUGAUCACCACCUCCAUCAACUCGAUCCUGCACGACGAGGCCGAGAUCCUGACCUCGCUGUUCCCCAACAGCGUAUACAUUCGCCGCACUGCGCACCGCUACUCGCACAAGUUUUCCAUCCGCGAGAUCGCCUCGUUUGCGACGAACCGGCAAUAUACCGCUCUUGUCAUCCUCCAGGAGGAUCAAAAGCGGCCGGCCGGCCUGGAUAUCAUCCACCUGCCCAAGGGCCCGAUGUUCCACUUCACCAUUAGCAACUGGAUUACGGGCAAAAAGCUUCCCGGGCACGGAAAUCCCACGGAACAUUGGCCGGAGCUGAUCCUCAACAAUUUCCGCACUCCGCUGGGUCUCCUCACGGCGCAUCUCUUCCGGAGCCUCUUCCCGCCGCAACCCGAUAUCGAAGGACGCCAGGUCGUUACUCUCCACAACCAACGCGAUUACAUCUUUGUGAGACGGCACCGGUACGUGUUCCGUCAAAAGCGCGAGACGGAGAAGAGCGUUGUCGGGGCGGACGGAAAGGAGAUGAAGGGCGCCGAAGGAUUACGAACGGGACUUCAAUCGCUGGGGCCCAACUUUACCCUCAAGCUUCGACGAGUAGACAAGGGGAUCCAGCGAGCCAGUGGGCAGGAGUGGGAAUGGAAGGGUGGAAUGGAGAAACAGAGAACGAAGUUCCAACUGUGAAUAUUGACCUGUAUUGCAUAUGUGGUUUUUUUUUGGGCGGAGUUUCAGCAAUAAAAAUGGGAUCGGUGGUUUGUUUUCUUGUCUGUGCUGUGUUUUAAGAUAUUUUAUACCUUUUGGAUUGAUA